UUUGAGUCGUUUAGUCCGCCCAAACAAAACGACGAAGAAUACCAGGAAAACAUGGCAUCAAGGUUACUGCUCCGCACCGCGUUCAGAGCCACAACGAGCUGCCGGGCUGCCCGGGCUCCGGCCCUGAGGCGCUGCAUGGCUGCUGGAGGCAUUCCCACUGAUGAGGAGCAGGCCACAGGAAUGGAGAAGGCCAUCAUGAAGGCCAUGAAGGAGGGAACGGAUCCUUACAACAUGAUGAAGCCUAAGAGCUACACUGGCUCCAAGAACGACCCCCACCUGGUUCCCUCCAUCACUGACAAGAGGGUUGUGGGCUGCAUCUGUGAGGAAGACAACACCUCCAUCGUCUGGUUCUGGCUUCAUGAGGGCGAGUCCCAGCGCUGCCCCUCCUGUGGUGCCCACUACAAACUGGUGCCUCAUGAGCUGCCCCACUAGCCUGCAGCCCUGUAACCUGUACAGAUGUGUGUGUUUACGCCUUCAGCACUCAUCUGUACCUUUUACAGCUUUUUUUUUUUUUUUGUCGCAAUAUUCAUUCCUCCUUCAGUACAAGAAGAGUGAGAUUAUCCACGUCCUGCAGGAUGUUUCCAGCUCGGCGUCCUUCCUGGUCCGCUCGUCUUGUUCUGUUGUUCUACUUGAUCUACCUGCUGACCUCAUCAGUCUUUGCUUUACAUGUUAAAUUUCCACACAGAUACAAUGUGUUUGGAAGACUCAGGCAGUUUACUCUGGUUUAUGUACUGUACGCUGUUAUAGUGGGUCCACUUUACUGCUGUUAUUCAACCAAUAAACAUUGAGAACUCCUACUCA